CUCCUGUUGCGUCUAGAUUUAGUAAAUAUGGAGGUGGAGAAGUGGAACAGCGACGGCGGUGAAUACACGUCUGAGGACGAAGGUACGGAGGAUUACCGGCGCGGCGGUUACCACGCUGUUCGGAUCGGUGACUCAUUCAAAAACGGCCGGUAUGUUGUUCAGAGCAAACUCGGUUGGGGUCAUUUCUCUACUGUUUGGCUCGCUUGGGAUACUCAAUUCUCUAGAUAUGUGGCUUUGAAGGUGCAAAAGAGUGCUCAGCAUUAUACUGAAGCUGCCAUGGAUGAGAUAACUAUAUUGCAACAGAUUGCAGAGGGAGACACUGAUGAUACCAAAUGUGUUGUGAAGCUUUUGGAUCAUUUCAAACACUCAGGUCCGAAUGGGCAGCAUGUAUGUAUGGUUUUUGAGUAUUUGGGAGAUAAUCUCUUAACGCUGAUUAAGUAUUCUGAUUACCGUGGCUUGCCUAUUCCGAUGGUUAAGGAGAUUUGUUAUCAUAUGUUGGUUGGUUUAGACUACUUGCAUAAACAGCUUUCGAUUAUACAUACGGAUCUUAAGCCUGAGAAUGUUUUGUUACCGUCGACUAUUGAUCCAUCUAAAGAUCCGAGGAAGUCUGGAGCUCCUCUUGUUCUCCCCACUGAUAAGGAUAAGACAGUUGUUGACUCCAAUGGGGAUUUUGUUAAGAAUCAAAAGACAGGAAGUCAUAGAAAGGCAAAGCUUUCGGUUCAUGGAAAUGCAGAGAGUAAGGGCAAUACUGAAUCUGACAAAGUUCGUGGAGUGGGAUCACCGGUUAAUGGAAAACCAAUAGCUGCAGAAAAAUCGGUUGAAGAAGAUUGUCCUUCUACUUCUGACACAAAUGGAUUAGAUGGUAGCGAGAAAGGAAAGCAAGGUGGUAAGAAAGGGAGUCGAUCGAGUAGAAGGCACCUUGUGGCAUCUGCUGACCUCAAGUGUAAACUGGUUGACUUUGGUAACGCAUGUUGGACAUACAAACAGUUCACAAGCGACAUUCAAACGAGACAGUAUAGGUGCCCAGAAGUAAUCCUUGGAUCUAAAUACUCUACAUCAGCAGAUCUCUGGUCAUUUGCGUGCAUAUGUUUUGAACUUGCCACUGGAGAUGUACUAUUCGAUCCCCAUAGUGGAGACAAUUAUGAUAGAGAUGAGGACCACUUGGCUCUGAUGAUGGAGCUUCUUGGGAUGAUGCCACGCAAGAUAGCAUUGGGAGGCCGUUAUUCCAGAGAUUUCUUUAACAGGCAUGGUGAUCUUCGACACAUCAGAAGACUGCGUUUCUGGCCCAUGAACAAAGUCCUGACUGAGAAGUACGAGUUCAGCGAGCAAGAUGCAAAUGACUUGAGUGAUUUUCUUGUUUCGAUUCUUGAUUUUGUCCCAGAGAAACGACCAACUGCGGCUCAGUGUCUGUUACAUCCGUGGAUCAACUCUGGUCCCCGCUCUCUAAAACCCUCACUCUCACCUAAAGACCAAAAUUCCGAAGAUAAGCUUGAUACAGAGAAGAAGAAGAGGGAGAAUGAGGAGCAAGAAGCUGUGGAAGUUAAAAUGGGAAACGUUGCCAUAUCAUCCUCGGACUCUAAACCAGGUAUGAGCCAAAGCUCCACUCUUAAGCAAGCACUUUGACUUCUGAGAUUUGUCUGUUCCAUAUCUGAUUCUGUGUACCACUCAAGCUGUUUAAUAGAAAGAACAAUUUCAU